CCACCCGACAAUAAGUUAUCAAUUUUCUCCAGAAAUAGUUUUUAGGAGAAAGAGACGCAAAACCUUAACAUUGAUCCUCGCGACUGGUUUGGUCAAUGGUGAUUUAAUGAAACUUCUCCUGUUUCUGCCUUACAUACUGCUCCUCGCUGCAAUUUCUUGCGAGGAGCUGGAAAAGCCAGAUGUGGACAAACUUUUCAAGGAUGGCCAAUCAGCGACGCAUUUGAUCAAGGGCAACGAUGAGUUUAUCAUCCUCGUCGGUUCAACUGGCACAGGUAAAAGCACCUUGUCCAAGUUUCUGCGGAAGGACGAAACGUUGACGAUCGUGGAAAAUGAGCAGCUAUUUUGCAUUUUCACCGACAACGAAACUCGAAUCGGCAGCUCGGACAGCUUGACUUCCAAGACCUUUUUCCCAAACACUGAUCUAGACUUUCAAACUGGUCUUCCUAUCGUCGACAUGGCUGGUUUUCGGGACACGCGCAGCGCCGAGUAUGACUUGGUUGCCGCUUUCUUCAACAAGGAAGUUUUGAAUGGCACGAGCAAAAUGAAAAUCGUGAUCGUGGAAAAUUACUCCAAUAUUAAGCUCAACAAUGACCGCACGGCUUUUGUCACAACAAUAAAACACGUAACCCAGCUUUUGAAAGGAAAUACCGAGUCACUUGCCGAAUCAAUCAGUCUGGUCGUCACCAAAGUAAACGCGGAUAAAAAUGAUUUGCUAACAAUUAGAGCAAUUGAAGUUUUUCUUGAAAAGGUUGAGCAAUAUUUUAAGCGACAGAUGGAUAAUUUAACUAAAAGUAAUGACACGUCCUUGAUUACUAGUUUGAGGGAGCAAAUAUCGCUUGUGAAUUACAUAAAAGAAAAAGAAAACAUUGCCAUUUUCCGUGAGCCUAAGGAAGUUCACUCGCCGUGGGAAUCUGGGCCCCUUAGGAAAAAUUACCAAGACAUUCGGAAUCUUAUUUUCAACCGAUUGAAUUUCUCUAAAAGUUUCAGCAAAGAUUUUGAAGUCUCAGUUGCACCCGAAACUGCGAUUUACAUCCGAGACAAUCUGAUCACCACAUCCAGAGCCAAAGUAGACCGACUUUUUAAAAUGCAAUACGAAAAACUGGCCGAUAAUUUUGGUUCAAUAAUUGGAGCGCGGUACAAACCGAUUGAGGAAAAAUUAGAUUUCGAUAUAAAAUAUUGCAACAACCUUUUAGAAUUUCUACAUCUCAUUACAAAUUUUGAUCAGCUUAAAUCUUUAAACGAAAAAUUGACGGUCCGACUUGAGUUUAAAGACGAGCUGGAGUUGGAAGCGAAGAAAAUGUUAUUUUUUUACCAAGUCGCCGAGCAGCAGAACUUUGCAAAGAUUUCAACAGAAAUCGACAACAUGCUCGGAUGGAAACGUAAAUUGCAUGCUGACGUCAGAAAUGCACGAAAUUUCAUGAAGUUUUUACAAAGCUUGAUCGCGGACUUUGGAUUGUACUCGGUCCAGUCAUCCGCACCUUCAAAUUGGUAUAAAAUCUAG